GGCAUCCCCGUCGGACGCCGUUCCGGACUAUUAAUAGAUAAGACUCAUUCUCCGGCAAUCUCAGAAACAGAGGCGAACGCUUCCGCCGCUCCAGAUAGCGUCCUAGUGACCCCUUUUAACCCAUGACGUGGAAAUGAACAAGCAAGUGCUUCUCAGCCUUUUCCUAGCCAGUGCAUUGGUUUGCAUUUUUGGUAACGAUGCGACGGAUGACCGGGAACCACCAACUAUACUGGUGGCCUUGUUGGUCCGAAACAAGGCCCACACUCUACCAAUGUUUCUAAGCUAUCUGGACCAGCAGGACUAUCCCAAGCAGAGGAUCGCCUUCUGGCUGCGUUCCGAUCACAACGCAGAUGACAGCGUAAAUGUUCUCAAGCAGUGGCUGGAUCACUCUGCCGAAUCCUAUCACAGUGUCAACUUUAGUUUCGAAACGGAUGAGAAGAGCUAUCCCAAUGAAAGCUCUCCUUACGAAUGGUCCUCGUCACGUUUCAAGAAUCUGAUUAGUCUGAAAGAGGAGGCUUUCGGCUAUGCUCGUGAUAUUUGGGCAGACUAUGUGUUCUUCCUGGACGCUGACGUCAUGCUAACCUCCCAAGAUACCCUCACUAAGCUCACCCAGCUUCGGUUGCCAAUUGUGGCUCCCAUGUUGCUGUCGGAGAGCUUGUACUCCAACUUCUGGUGCGGCAUGAGCGAGGAAUACUACUACCAGCGCACGGAUGAGUACAAGGAGAUAUACCACCUGAAGAAGGUGGGCAGUUUCCCAGUGCCCAUGGUCCACACAGCCGUCCUGGUUGACAUGAACUACAAGGGCGUGAAAAGUCUCACCUUCGAUAAGAGCAAGUUGCAGGAAAUGCAGAAAAACAGGAAGCAGGAGCCACUGUUCGACGGUCCGUCUGAUGACAUUAUCGUGUUCGCCAUAUCGGCCAAUAGCUCGGGAAUUCCACUGCACAUCUGCAAUGAGAUCACAUUCGGCUACAUUCUGCAACCGUUGGAGCCAGGUGAUUCGUUGGACAACGAUAUUCAGCAGCUGGUGCAUAUCAGGGCCAGCAUGAUCACUGACCUGGGAGAGGUGCCUCCAUUACACGACUAUUACCAGCACUUGGUGACCAAGCCGGAGAAGUCGAAACUAACACUGGAUCACAUCUUCAUGAUCAAUCUGGAGAGGCGUCCCGAGAGACGGGAGAAAAUGGAGAAGCUGUUCGACGAAAUUGGGUUGGACGUGGAACACUUCCCAGCUGUGGAUGGCAAGGAGCUGAAUGUCGAGCGGGUAAAACAAAUGGGCAUCACGUUCAUGCCGGGCUACGAGGACCCUUAUCAUCAUAGACCCAUGACCAUGGGUGAGAUUGGAUGUUUCCUUAGUCACUAUCGAAUCUGGGUAAAGAUGGUGCAGGAAAAACUAAAGGAGGUUCUCAUCCUGGAAGAUGACAUACGCUUCGAGCCCUACUUCCGAAGCAAUGCAGUUCGAGUGUUGAACCAGGCUAGGAAUGUGGUGGAAUACGACCUUAUCUACUUUGGACGCAAACGUUUAAAGGAAAAGAGUGAGCCCUGGGUGGCAGAUACUGACACCUUGGUCCAUGCCGGCUACUCCUAUUGGACCUUGGGAUAUGUCCUAUCCUACGAAGGUGCUCUCAAGCUGCUGGCAGCCAAGCCGCUGGAGAAACUUAUACCUGUAGAUGAAUUCCUGCCUGUGAUGUUUAACCGUCAUCCCAACAAGACCUGGAGCGAGGCCUACCAGAAACGAGAUCUUGUGGCUCUCAGUGCCGCUCCGCUUUUGUUGUAUCCCGUUUACUACACUGGAGAUUUCGGCUACAUUUCCGACACGGAAGAUUCCCAGCAAAUUAAUGUGGAAUCCAAUGAAGGCGAAGCCAGGCUGAAAAGUGAUAGGGAGCAGGUCUUUCUCAAAGAGGUCGAGGACAGUUCGGAGCAGCAACUAAAGCUGGGCGAGAGCAUAUCUGGCACCAAGAGCCACCAGGAACUCUGAUAUAUGGAAACAUUCAAAUACCAAAUGCCAAAUUUAAUUAGACUAAGUUAGCCUAAUUCUUCCAAAUGCCAAAAGUGCCUUCAUAUCCAAAUCCAAAGCUAUUGACAACGAAAGAUCAAAUUAGAUAUAAGUUUUUAACCGUAGUUAAGUAUGUUUUUAAUAUUUUUUGCUUACGUUUUCUCAACUCAUUAAGUAGUUUGAGUUAUUUUGACGAUUUUAAGAGCUUGCUCGAAUACUUUUUAUUGUUUAUUUCAAAACUGUUCCUAUCAGACUAAAUUUAAUAUGAAAGUGGAACUAAAGAACCAAAACUGAUACAAACUGAGAUAAAAGUUAAUUACCAGCCGAUAGUCAACCUAUCUUCCUACCUUGAACUUAAGAUCUAAGAUAAGCGUUAGCAAUGAGCUAACUUUUAGGGAUAUUUUAAACACGGUAGUUGAUACAAAAUCUCACUUUAUUCCAUUCACCAGUAAUGUGAAAAACUAUAAAAACUAACGAUUUGUAAA